AGAACUUCAUUGUAGCCAAAGCCUCUAUAAAGAACACAAACUACAACAACUGUCCAAUAGAGAUGUAGCUUAUAGCUCAGAACUAGUUCAAAGGCGGUUGAAUCAUUUUCCCGAAAUACACGCGUCCCAGUCAACGAGUCAUAUUACCGCAGUACACGUAUAAUAACUCCUCCUCCAAGGCAUACAUUUUAUCAAUGAGCAAGCGUCAUCACACCCACCGGAAUUCCAUUGUUCUUAUUUCAACGCACCUGCAACAAACCCGUUGCUGGAAUCCGUGCAAAAGCGAAGACGAGUUCUGAUAACAAGGCAGGAACAACAGGAAGUAGGUCCAAUCCGUGCUCGUGUGUGGAUGAAGAUAGAGAUGCACAAAACACAAUGGUUUAGCUCCGUAAAGCAAGGUAAUUUUAUAUCGUGGCGCCAUUUCGGGGGCGACCUGUCGUCCAUUAGUAACCACUGGCAACGACGCCAUCCACUGGAUGCACUCCAAUUCGAGCUACGCAGCCCCGGUGUAUUAUAAAAGCGUAGCAAGCGUACGUGGACGCUGGUUAGUGGUACACCAGUUGUUGGCCGUCCAGGUAAUCUCCGUGCCUGGCCAUCUUGUUGCUGGAUUUACUCUGAAUUGGACGCGGCGUAGUGAUGAACUGGUGAAGCGUCUGGUGGAUUUGGCAUCGCCCAAGGGAGCUAUUGCAGGCUAUUGCACCAGGCUCUAGUUUAGCUCAACAAAACAUGAAGUUAACGCUGGUUGUGUGUGGUUUUCUGUUCGGUUUGAUAUUGGCGCCCAUCGAUGGCCGACUAAAGUACGCGGAGGUAUUCCCAAGCGAAGCGUUCCAGAAGCUCGGCGACUCGAAUGGUCCGCCGAUGCGUGACCCAUCCGAAUCCGGGCCAGGCAAGCAAACGGAACCAUCGGAACCGACCGACGGGGGACCACUGAACUGUUUCCCGCUGGCCGACCGUUUGCACAAGUACGACUGGGCCCGGUACUAUCUGCGCCAUCUGGCGGCGGGCUCGGCAAAGGCUGCCGGGUACUCGCCGGCGUCGCCGGGAAAUGCGGAGGAGCGCCCCGAAGCGCCGGACGGCUCCAGCAUGGCUGGGUUCGUGACGCGUAAGCGUUCCGACUUUAACCGGGAGAUAUCGACCGACCUGUACGCCCAGUACCCAUCGUCAUGUGCGUGCCAGACAAAGUACGAGCUGCUCGAUCUUGGCUACACGCACUUCCCACGCUACAUCGUGAAUGCGAUCUGCCAGAACCGGAGCGCCAACAGCCGGAAGUGUUGGCGCGGCUCCAGCUGCAAGGAGAUCCCGUAUAAGGUGCGCGUGCUGACCAAGCGGUCGGACAACGAGUCGGGCGAGCAGGACCACCACUCCACGCUGCUGCCGGAGCCGCUGCGCGAGUACUGGCGUUUCAAGACGGUCACCAUUGCGGCCGCCUGCCAGUGCUCGAUCUGACGGUCCACCGUGGACACCCGGGCUUUCGGUCGCAUCGAUCCCAACCUGGAACGAUAACCGGAAUAGGAGGGCGUUUCAGCGGUGCCGUCCUGAGGUUGCUAAAAUACACUGUCAACUUGUCCGCUACCCAGGCUUUGCUUUUACUGUGCCAAAAAUGCGAGGUAGGCCUCCGUUUGUCACUCGACGUCUGUGAGGGGUGUGUGUGUGUGCGGUGUCUUUCUUUUGGGAAGAACGGAUACCACUAGAAUAAAUAUCGUGGUCCUCAUAAUAAAGCAACGUGUCUGAUGUGUCACAUACGGGAAGAUA